AUCACUUAUCUAAUAAUAAGAUCAUGUUUCUGCGUCAAGUCAAUCUGCCACUUUAAAAAGGCUUCUUAUUAGAGUGAAAUUUAAAGUAAUCGUGGUACUGAAUCUUGGACCUAUAACUGUAGACUUGAGUCUCGAGUCUUAUGAAGAUCAACCUUGAAUUUAUAAUUUGUUGAAAUAGUUUUACCUUUCCCCAAAAAAGUAUCGAACGAGUUGAGGACUUCUUGAGGAUUAAACCGACCUGCGCUACUGUAUUCCUGGUCAUGAUUAUUAUUGGGUUGGUUUGGACCUAGGCAUGGACCGUUUGCAGAUGUCCGUUCUGUGUAUUGUAAUUCUAACAUGUCUACAGCCCACGUCGUCUCAAACGCAGGAAGUGGUGUGUACUGGUACCCAGAAUGGGCUGAGCUCCACAGGAUCCCAGGAGAACCAGUACAACCUGAUCAAGAACCGCUACACAGGCUGUGAGAUCAUCAUGGGUAACCUGGAGAUCACCCAGAUAGAGACUGACUGGGACUUCAGCUUCCUAGGGACCAUCAGAGAGGUAACGGGCUACAUCCUAAUCGCCAUGAACCACUUCAGACGUCUGCCUCUGGAACAGCUGCGUGUGAUCAGGGGCAACACCCUGUACGACAGAGGGUUCGCCCUCUCUGUUUUCUACAACUACCCCAAGGAGGGCUCCAAUGGCCUGCAGCACCUGGGACUCACAUACCUCACUGAAAUUCUGGAGGGGGGUGUCCAGAUCGUCAACAACAGGUUCCUGAGCUAUGGUCCCUGGGUGAACUGGGAUGACAUUGUGAGGGACAGGGAUAGGGCCAAGGCUCCCAUUGACAUCCAGUAUAACGGUCAGAGAGGGCCUUGUCACCCUUCCUGUGGGGAGAACUGCUGGGGGUCUGGUGAAGAACACUGCCAGAUCUUGACUAAGACGGUGUGCGCCCCUCAGUGUAACGGCCGCUGUUUUGGGACAAGCCCCAGGGACUGCUGUCACAUAGAGUGUGCAGGGGGCUGCACUGCGUCUCAGGACAUGGACUGCUUUGCGUGCCGCCACUUCAACGACUCAGGCUCCUGUGUGCCCCAGUGUCCCCAGACUCUGAUCUACAACAAGCAGACGUUUCAGAUGGAGACGAACCCCAAUGCCAAGUAUCAGUACGGAUCCAUCUGUGUCUCCCAUUGCCCCCCCCACUUCGUGGUGGACGGCAGCUCCUGUGUGAGUGGUUGUCCUCCAGACAAGAAGGAGGUGGAGAGGAGUGGUCAGAGGCAGUGUGAGCUCUGUGGAGGGCUGUGCCCUAAAGCCUGUGAGGGCACAGGGCCUGAGCACAGACAGACGGUGGACUCCAGUAACAUUGACAGCUUCAUCAACUGCACCAAGAUACAGGGCAGUCUGCACUUCCUGGUCACAGGGAUCCUUGGUGAUGACUAUAAGAAUAUCCCACCUCUGGACCCUAAGAAGCUGGAAGUCUUCCGCUCUGUGCAGGAGAUAACAGAUAUCCUAGCCAUCCAGUCGUGGCCUAAAGAGCUAUCAGAUCUGUCAGUGUUCUCCAGUCUCACCACCAUACAGGGAAGAUCUCUUCACAACGCAAAGAGGCGUUUCUCUCUGAUGGUCAUGCGUGUUGCAUCCAUCACCUCUCUAGGUCUGCGUUCCCUGAGAGAGAUCAGUGACGGCAACGUGUACCUCAGCCACAACGCCAAACUGUGUUACCACCACACCGUCAACUGGACACGCCUGUUCACCGGGCACGCCACACGCCUCAACGACAUCAAGGACAACAGGCCUCUGAGAGAGUGUGUUGAGGAGGAUCACGUGUGUGACCCACUGUGUUCAGACUCAGGCUGCUGGGGCCCGGGGCCUGACCAGUGUCUCUCCUGCAGGAACCACAGCCGAGAUUCUACCUGUGUGGCACACUGCAACUUCUACACAGGUCAGCCCAGGGAGUUUGCGGGGCCAAAGGGGGAGUGUGUCGCAUGUCAUCCAGAAUGCCAACCGCAGUAUGGGAGGGAUAGCUGCACUGGACCGGGGUCUGAUGAGUGUGUGAUGUGUUCCAGUCUGAGAGACGGUCCUCACUGUGUGUUCUCCUGCCCCAGUGGGGUGAACGGAGAGAAGGGGCAGUUCAUCUACAAAUACCCCAACAAGGACAGCUACUGUGAGCCCUGCCAUGUCAACUGCACACAGGGGUGUUCUGGUCCAGGGUUGAGUGACUGUAUAGACAACACUAGACAGUCCACUAGCACUCAGAUCACAGGAAUAGCUUUAGGAGUGCCGGCUGCCCUCAUAGUCUGCCUGGCAUUGUUUGUGUUGGGCAUGCUGUACCACCGUGGCCGGGCCAUCCGCAGGAAGAGAGCCAUGAGGAGGUACCUGAAGAGUGAGGAGAGUUUUGAGCCGCUGGGGCCAGGAGAGAAAGGGGCUAACAUUCAUGCCCGGAUCCUGAGGGCCCCAGAGCUGAAGAAGGUCAAAGCCCUUGGCUCUGGAGUGUUUGGUACUGUACACAAAGGCCUGUGGAUCCCUGAGGGAGACUCUGUGAAGAUUCCUGUAGCCAUUAAGACCAUCCAGGACCACACAGGCAGACAGACCUUCACUGAGAUCACUGAUCACAUGUUGUCCAUGGGCAGUCUAGACCACCCGUAUAUCGUCAGGCUCUUAGGUGUCUGUCCAGGUGCCAGUCUUCAGCUGGUCACCCAGCUCAGCAGCCAGGGGUCCUUACUGAAGCACAUCAGGCACCACAGGGGCAACCUGGAUCCACAGAGGCUUCUCAACUGGUGUGUACAGAUAGCUAAGGGCAUGUAUUAUCUGGAGGAACACUGUAUGGUGCACAGGAACCUGGCUGCGAGGAACGUGAUGCUAAAGAAUGAUUACUUCGUCCAGAUUUCAGACUACGGUGUGGCUGACCUGCUCUAUCCUGAUGACAAGAAAUAUGUCUACAGUGACAGUAACAAGACUCCCAUAAACAUCAAAUGGAUGGCCCUGGAAAGCAUCCUGUUCCGAACAUACACUCAUCAGAGUGACGUCUGGAGUUAUGGAGUGACAGUGUGGGAGAUGAUGUCAUUCGGAGCAGAGCCCUACGCAUCCAUGCAGCCCCAAGAUGUCCCCAGUGUACUGGAGAAGGGAGAGCGCCUGUCCCAGCCCCACAUCUGUACUAUAGACGUGUACAUGGUCAUGGUUAAGUGCUGGAUGAUUGAUGAGAAUAUUCGCCCGACCUUCAAAGAACUGGCCAAUGACUUUAUUCGCAUGGCAAGAGACCCACCUCGCUACCUUGUCAUCAAGGACAGAGGAGAGGCGCGGCCAGAAGAAUCACACCAACAAGACUCAGAGCUGGACAAUUUGGAGGCGGGCCUGGAGGACCAGGAUGAGGAGGGAUUGGAGGACGGUUUGGCCACCCCUCCCCUUACCCUGUCCCCAACCAGGAUGUCUCGCCUGAGGAUGAGCUCAUAUAGGAGUGCCAGUGCCACCGUUCAGGCCGGACCAGUAGAGUACCUUCCCAUGACCCCCAGCUCUGGAGAGUUGUUCUCCCAGCAGUCUCGUCUGAACUCAGCGAGGACACUGUCACAGGGGUUAGAGGGAAGAGGGAGUGGCCUGGAUGUUGAGCUGACCGAGAGAGUGUCACUGAGCGGCAGCUUGCGCAGGCAGCAUCCCAGAGCUGGCAGGGACAGUAGCAGUAGUACCCACCACACCUCCAUCACCAUGGUGCAUAGGAGCAAAUCUUCAGUCUCAGAGUCACACUCCAACAGGCCUGAGCAAGAGGAUGAGGAGGAGGAAGAUCACUAUGGAUACGUGCUGCCUGGAGUGUCUAACACUCCAGAGAGAGAUUGUCUGCUGUCUCGCCCAGCCUCCAGAAACUCUCGCCCAGCCUCCAGAAACUAUAGCCCAAGUGGAACAUCUCUCAGGGGCUCUAGGAGCUCCAAAAAUGUGCUGUCACCGUUAGCAACUGCCCCAGACCCCACCGUGGACUAUGAACAGAUGACCAAACAGCCAGCCCAUUUGCCCCGCUCCCCCAGAGCCACCUCUGUACAGAUAGAAGGGCCUUCAUCAGUGGUAUGGAGGAAACAGACCUCAACUCUGCCCUCCCCACCCUACAAUAUAGCACCCUCACCACUAGAGGGUGACAACACAGUGCAUGGGACCUCACAGGAGUCAUCGUCAGGCACUGCAGCCACUCCUGGGGGAAGCCAGGGUUCAACAGAGACCUCUGAUAGUGCUGUGGCUAGAGUAGCAGAGGGAGACAUGCUGCAGCCGCUGGUUGACAGGCCUUACAGUGGAUCUGUUGUGUCUGACAGUGGAGGGGUGACUCAGGGGAGGCCAGAGAAAGCGUCUGUAGUGGAGUAUGAAUACAUGGAUAUCCGGAGCACCACAAACACCACAGACACAGAAAGACCGAUCUGGGAGAGGCGUGAGAGUCGAGCAGCUGACUUGAGGAGGACAGAGGCAGAAGAACGAGAGAGAGAAGAAGAAGGAAAGAGUCAGGAGGUAGAGGAGGAGAAAGGAAAGGAAGACGAGGAAGGGGAUGAAGUUUACCAGUACACUAACAAGCAGCCCAGACUCCUCAGAGAGAGCAGUAAAGUGGCGGGGCUCCUCCCCAAGCCCAGCCUCCUCCCCAAGCCAAUGCCCAAGCCCAGCCUCCUCCCCAAGCCAAGGCCCAAACCCAGCCUCAGCCCCAAUCCCAACCCCAGGCCAGAUGGCUUCACAGCAGUGGAAGACAGCCAGGUGGAAGUAUAUGAGGAGAUGCAUGCCUUUGGAGGGGGCUCCCAGCGAGGGGACCACCAGGAGGCAGAGUACCAGAACCUCCCAGUCCCAGGCAAGGGGAGGGCCACCACGGCUGAGGAGGGGGGCGCGGGUAGCAGGUGUGCCGGGCUAGGGUUGGGAGGGUACAUCAAAGCAUGCUCUGGUGUGGGAGUGGUAGAGCCGAGCAGCAACACAUUGUUUGACAACCCUGACUACUGGCACAGCAGACUGUUCCUCAAGCCAGAUGCUGUGCGCACAUAAUGAUGUGGACUGAGAAAACAACAACAACCGUGACCAAGCAAGCACAGCCAGAGGUGUUUUAUAGAAUCAUGUAACAGGCUGGCGUGCAGCUCAACCAGUAAUGUAGCGCUCUUUUAGUACUGUUGAAUGUGUUGUUUAUAAUGUAGUGUAUGUAUUCUCAGUUGGUUUACACAUCAUCCAUCCAAACAUCAUUGACCAAAAAAACAUCUGCAAAAUGUCCUAUGUAGCAUUAAUGUUAUCUAUCAGUUUAUAAUGACAUCUCAGUCUAAGAAAUGUAACCAAAUAGGCAGCUAUAUAUUAAACAACAGCAAAGGAUGGCCUAAGCUGUGAGCAAGAAUCAAUAAGUCAAAGACAAACAGAAUAGUGAGAAAUAGAUGCACAUAGAUCUUAAUGUACAAAGAUACACAAAGCAUAUAGAGUGUACAAAGAUACACAAAGAAUAUAGAAUGUACAAAGAUACACAAAGAAUAUAGAAUGUACAAAGAUACACAAAGAAUAUAGAAUGUACAAAGAUACACAAAGAAUAUAGAAUGUACAAAGAUACACAAAGCAUAGAUACAUAAAGUAGAAAUAGCAGGCCAAUGUACACAUACUAAUGGAUCAAAUUUGCACAGUGUUUGCACUUCAACUUGUUCCACUUCCUGGUGAAGCUGAGUUGACCUACAUAGAUAGAACCUCAAGGUUCCCUGGGUGUGAGGUCUGCCAUGUAAUGUACAUUUGUAGCUUAUAGUUUCCUCUAUGAAAUUAAGUAUUCUUGAUGAACAUGACUGUAUGGAUGAAUUUCAGUCAUGUAUUGACUAUGUUAUUACAAGUGUGUGUGUAUGUGUUUUAAGUUUUAAUGUUGCAUGCACAAGUACAGUGAAAUGCCUUUCUUGCUCACUCUAAAUCCAACAAUGCAGUAAUCAAUAUCAAUUUAGUACUAAAAAUAACACAAGGUAGAACAAGAAAAAUAAAUAAAUAUGAAGAACACGAGAAGUUAGUAAGCUACAGUGCAUUUGGAAAGUAUUCAGACCCAACAUUUUGUUGAAUUACAGCCUUAUUCUAAAAUGGAUUAAAUAAAAAAAUGUCAUCAAUCUACAAUUUUUUGGGGGCAAAUGGAUUAAAUGUAAAAAAAACAGAAAUACUUUAUUUACAUAAGUAUUCAGACCCUUUGCUAGAAGACUCGAAAUUGAGCUCAGGUGCAUCCUGUUUCCAUUGAUCAUCCUUGAUGUUUCUACAACUUGAUUGGAGUCCACCUGUGGUAAAUUAAAUUGAUUGGACAGGAUUUGGAAAGGCAAACACCUGUCUAUAUAUGUUCCCACAGUUGACAGUGCAUGUCGGAGCAAAAAAAAAAAACAAGCCAUGAGGUUGAAGGAAUUGUCUGUAGAGCGCCGAUACAGGAUCGUGUCGAAGUAUCAAAACAUUUUCUGCAACAUUGAAGGUCCCCACUGCAAGAACACAGUGGCAUCUGUCAUUCUUAAACGGAAGAAGUUUCGAACCACCAAGAACCUUCCUAGAGCUAUCUGCCAACCCGGCCAAACUGAGCAAUCGAG